AUUUUACUCACGCAGUGGUACUUCUUCUUUCGUUUUGCAUUUAUAGGAUUUAUUUUCGAGGCCUCUAAUUUCUAAUUUCGGGCCGAUUGGCAAUAUUGAAUUUAUUAUCGAAAGAAAUAUGGAGUAACAGUCUCAGGACUAAAUUGUUAUAAACAAUGCCAACAUAUCCUGACCAAGAGGAGCGAACUGAGGCGGAAUGUAUGGCGCAUGGUUGCAGAUGGAGAUCAAGGUUUCAUUGCAUUUUAAAUCAACUUCGAGCAAAUAAAGACAUCAGCGAAUUGGAAAAAUCUGAUAUCGAUAGAAUUCCGUAUGCAGUAUGUACUUGCUCAGUGACACCUACCGGUUUGCAAAAUGAACCAGAUACCAGAUGGAAUAAUUUCCCUAUUGGAGAGUAUGAGGCAGCAGAGAGAUACUUUGAAGAGUUCAUCGAUGGCCUAGAAAAAUCAACAGAAUUCUACUCUUUACUGAAAUACCACUUUUCUGAUCUUCAAAAGCAUGAAGAACUAACAGAAAGAUCAAGUAGUCGGAGAUUUUUACUUUUAUUCCAAAAAAUUCGUGCGCAGAAAGAUAGAGAACUUUUAAACAGACCGAGGAAUAGAGAGAGAGGGGUACCGCAGGACGAAGCUCAGCGCACAAAGCAAACGAUACAUCUGGCAUCUCUGAAGAAAGAUUAUAUACCUUUAUUCGUGGGAGAGAAAGGUAAAAAUAUGAAGCGCUAUCUCAGAGGCAAGAAGAAAGUGAAAGUAGAGCUGGAAGUGAAAGAUAAUGACCAAGUUUUUGCAACCAUCGUCUGUAAAGCUAAAGACAGUGAACCAAUUGCUAAGAAAUUGACAGAAGAAGCAGAGCUUUUAGUAGAAAGGCGGCGAAUCCAUGAACAGAAUCAAAAAGAAUAUUUAGAAAGAUUAGGAAGGGGAGAUGAUGAGGACAAUAUGGAUACAAACAGUCAAGAAGAAGACAUGGAUGAAUGAGUUAUCCUCAAUGGUGACAGUUUGGCACGGCACUACGACAUUUUUAAUAUUAAUAUGUACAUGUACAUGCAUUAAUAUACUAUAUGAUAUACUGAUUCAAAUAAAGAUGUCAACAGAU